GGCUCCGCCGCUGCGCUCCGCGUCCUCGGCGCUCGGCGGGGAAUGUGGUGCGGAAUAUGAGAGCCCCGAGGGCUCCGACGGGGGCGUCUUCGCUGUGGCCGUAAAUCGCGCUCGGGGAGCAGUGGGAGCGCCGCUCCUGCCGCCGCCGCCGCGCAGCCUUUUUCGCAAGUGAAACUAGUGCGCGCGCACGGCAGCAACAGUGAGUGAGCAAGAGUGUGUGUGCACGGCGGGGACGGAGUCGGGAAGAAGAGCCACUGACUGAUGAGUUCUUCAUCACCACCAUCAUCAUCAUCAGCAUCAUCCUCAUCCUCAUCACCGUCAUCGUCGUCCUUUCGCGCGUGGAUUACUGGUGUCCGGCAGCAGCGGCGGCAGCCACCUGACCAACCUGGAUGUCGUGAUUAAGGUGUGUCGAUGAUUCAGUCAUGGAGACCAAAAAAUACCAAAGUUUAUUUGAGGGAGGUGACAGUGGGAGCCAGUGGGUUCACUCGGCAGAGUACCCUGGUGCAAUGGAACAGGGCGCUCAGACCAACAGUGAUGUUCUGAUGGACAUUGUUAAUGCCGGCUGCCCUUCUGCCUCGGAAAUGACCUUCAAAAACAGCAGCGCAGAGAAGAUGGCUCAACCCACCCUUUGCCCCAGCCAGAGCCAGUCAUUUACUUUUCCAGGUUUUAGUGGUCCUGUGACUGGUGCAAAAAUGGAGAUGGAUUCCAAAGAGCUAUCCAAGACGGUGGCGGAGUCAAUGGGCUUGUACAUGAACUCUGUGAGAGAGGCUGACUACCCGCUUGGCCCACAAAAUGCCCCAGGAGGUCACUGCAGCCCGGGCAAAGCAUGUCUGCCCAGUGGGCAGCGCCCAGAGGACAGUAUAGGCCUGUCAUCAGAGAGCCCAAAUCCGAAAGCUUCUCCUUCGGCCUACAUCGCUGUACCCCGUCCGCUCAACGUACCUCCCUUGGACAGCACCUCCGGGGCCCGGCGGGGUGCUGGCACCGUGGUCUUGACGCUUCACGGCAGUUCUCCAGGCUCUAAUAGCUCCAGCCCUGGAGGUAAUAAUGCGGUGUCGUCAACCUCGAGCCCGACGUUCUUCAGAACCGCCGGCCCGUCCCUGGGCAGCCCCUUGGGCCAGAACACUGCUCCAGGCCUCUCUAACGUGCAUCCCAGCAACGCCAGCACCUGCAGCCCAGCUGGCACAGGCGUCAUGGGGUCUCCGCAAACCAGUCCUCUUGACGUCAUGAGGUCACCCAUCUCCAGUCCGCAGAGCAUGGGGAGCGUGAGGUCCCCACCGUCCUGCAGUGCCAAUGUGAGGUCUUCUGUGUCCAGCCCAGCCGGUGGUGCCAGCAACAUCAGCAACAGCAACAUGCGGGGCUCCAUCUACAGUCCUGGACCUGGUGGUACCGUGCCUCAGACCAGUCCCAGGAAUCUGACGGGCUUCCCUAUGUCCAGCCCUGCUGGUGGACUGGGCCUAGUGCAGAGUGACAUCCACAGUCCGGAAGAGAGAGACCAAGACCUGAAGGGCUUUGAAUUCCCCAAGGUGGAAUGUGCUGAUGGUGAACAGUACAACAUUGGCCUGGACCACAUGGGCAUGGUGAAAUACAUAAAGAAUGAACCAGAUACAGACUUUAGGAGCAUGUGUCUGGGCAACAACAAGAGCAGAAUAGCCAACUCGGCUUUUCCUGUACAGGUUAAAAGUGAGCCAAGCAAAGAAGGACCGUGCUUGAACCCUGGCUACAGUGAGCCGGAGUCUUUAAAUAUGUUCCAUACACCUGAGACCUCGUACUUGUCUUUGAGGGACAAUGUGGAUGAAUACAGUCUCUCUGGAAUUUUAGGGCCUCCUCUUUCUUCAGUGAGCGGUAGCUAUGAACCCGGUGUUUUCUCCAACAGUGUGUUUCCAAAGGGGAUUAAGCAGGAGUACAACAGUGACAGCUACUACUCAGAGAGUAGCAGCACGCAAACUCCAGCUAUUGUAGGAGUUAAUUCAGGAGGACAUUCGUUUCAUUACCAGAUCGGAGCGCAAGGAACUAUGUCUUUUUCGCGGCACGAUGUCCGAGACCAGUCAAAUUCCUUGCUGAAUUUGAUUUCCCCUGUUACGGCGUUAAUGGAGACGUGGAAAGCACGCCGAGGUCUGCCGCAAACCCCUCUGUCAUCACAAGGGGAAGGUUACCCUGGACAGAGCUGCUUGGCGGAAAGCAUGUCAAGCUCGUCGCUAAGACACUCGUCCCUGGGCUCCUCUACGGCCAAAGUGUGCUUGGUGUGUGGAGACGAGGCCUCGGGAUGUCACUACGGGGUCGUCACGUGUGGCAGCUGUAAGGUCUUCUUCAAACGGGCCGUGGAAGGCCAGCACAACUACCUGUGCGCGGGGAGGAACGACUGCAUCAUCGACAAGAUCCGCAGGAAGAACUGCCCGGCGUGUCGGGUACGGAAGUGUCUUCAGGCUGGAAUGAAUUUGGGAGCUCGGAAGUCCAAGAAGCUGGGGAAGCUGAAGGGUGUGAGCGAGGAGUCGCCGCUGCAGAGCCCCAAGGAGUCUCAGAAGGACGCGGGAUCGGGUGCCGCCCUGGUCCCGCACGUCCCCGGGGUCACGCCCUACUUGUCGCCGUCCAUCUGCAGCGUGCUGGAGCUCAUCGAGCCAGAGGUGGUGUACGCCGGCUACGACAACACCCAGGCGGACACCACGGACCACCUGCUGUCCAGCCUCAACCAUCUGGCGGGGAAGCAGAUGAUCCGGGUGGUCAAGUGGGCCAAAGUACUUCCAGGGUUCCGGAGCUUGCCCAUCGAGGACCAGAUCACCCUCAUUCAGUACUCCUGGAUGUGCUUGUCCUCCUUCGCCCUCAGCUGGAGGUCCUACAAACACACCAACGGCCAGAUGCUCUACUUCGCCCCGGAUCUCAUUUUCAACGAGGAGCGCAUGCAGCGGUCGGCUAUGUACGACCUGUGCCUGAGCAUGCGGCAGGUGAGCCAGGAGUUUGUGAGGCUGCAGCUCACCUACGAUGAGUACCUGGCCAUGAAGGUGCUCCUGCUGCUGAGCACAGUUCCCAAGGAAGGCCUGAAGAACCAGCCGGCGUUCGAGGAGAUGAGGGUGAACUACAUCAAGGAGCUGCGGAGAGCCGUGGGAAAGGCCACCAAUAACUCGGGACAGACGUGGCAGAGGUUCUUCCAGCUGACCAAACUGCUGGACGCCAUGCAUGACCUGGUAGGAAACCUGCUGGACUUCUGCUUCUACACGUUCCGGGAGUCGCAGGCGCUGAAGGUGGAGUUCCCCGACAUGCUGGUGGAGAUCAUCAGCGACCAGAUACCAAAGGUGGAGGCGGGCCUCACGCAAACGCUCUACUUUCACAAGAAGUGAAGGAGGAGAGCGGCCCGGAGGGGGGAGGGACCUCGCCUUAACGCAGUCCGCGGUCUUCCCCCGGGAGGACGGGGACGGAGGGGGGAGGGGGGGGGUCGGUCGCUCGCGCCUCGGACGGCCGCCCGCCGCGGGACGGCGCCUGCGGGGACGACGAGGCGCCGGGACGGACUUCGCGACGGCAGAGCGGGCCUCGGGCCUCGGGCCGCCAGCGGUGACGACCGCAGCGUUGCCGGCGGAAACGAAGCCAUGCGUUUGUUUGGUCAAACCACGACCUGCGCGCACGCACGCAUACACACACUCGCAGCGCGCAGGUGCGCGCACCUCACCUCCGACGCUCCUCUGUGGGAAAAUCAGCGCAAGCUUUUGCUUUGCAGUAACGCUGAGAAAAAAGGAAAAGGAAGAAAAAAAACAAAAAAAAAAAAAAAGCAUUUUAACUGGAGAUGUGCCAUUUUCCCUCGUGGGGGGGGGAGAAAAACCGGACAUCCGAGGUUCACGUCUAGUAUAUUUCAGCAUUUGCAAGGGCUAUACGAGUUUCACGAUUAAUUGAACGGUAGCAGAAAAAAGUUUAAAGUAAUCCGAUAAGUACACAUUGCAUAUAUACCGUGCGCACGGAGGCAGCAGAACAACGCAUUCUUCAGUGUGUGUACGCAUUUUACAGCAAUCACGCUUUUACUGAUAUGCAAAACGGUCACGUGAUGGGUCGGAAAGGAACAGAAAAGCCGGGGGAUGGAACUGAAGUUGCCGGAUCUUCUAGUUUGGUGGUCUCGGUGUGAGGCCGCUUGAUAAAUAUGCAUUAAAAACAACAUAGUGGUCCUCCGCUAGUGCAGGAGGAGAUGCAGGGGGGAAAAUAAAAAUCAGAAACGAUGCAACUCGGUUCCAUUAGCAAUAUGACUUUUAACUGGGAUUUUUUUUUUUUUUUUUUUUCCUUUGAUAGGAUGCGUGUAGCUGUAAUAUAUUUAAUAUUUGCCAUUUUUUAAUUUUGCUUGGUUUAUAGCCCUACAUAUAUACUCACUCACUUUAAACCAGCUCUUUGUAAAAAAAAAAAA